AUGAAACAUAAGCAAACUCUUCGUCAGGUGCUGGUAGUUAGCGGGCUAGCACUAUGCGCUGUUUCAGACGGAUUCAUAUUUGGUCAGAUGUCCGGCAUGAUCGACGCUUUGCGCGACGAGAGCAGCACUAUAAAGUUAACAGAUGAUGACAUAUCUACUAUAGCUGCAAUAGUAAAUAUAACCUGCUUUUUUGGUUUUGCUGUACUGGUAGGGUUGACAGAAGUUCUUGGAAGAAGAAAAACCCUCACGAUCAUAUCCAUCCCAGUUCUAAUUUGCUGGUUGAUGGUAUAUUUUGCUCAGGAUAAGUCAAUGCUAUUGGCAAGUAGAGCUAUUGUGGGCUUAGCAUUUGGAGGUAUUCUUGUAAUGACGUAUAUAAAUGUUGGCGAAUACGUGUCUCCUAAUAUGAGAUCAUUUUGUUUGAAUAUCACGUAUGGCAUUGGAACAUCUUUAGGAACAAUGCUUGGACAUGUACUUUGUCUUUUUAUGCACUGGAGAAACGUUGCACUUAUAGGUUUAAUACCGUCAGCUUUGUCAGCAUUUAUGCCCCUAUUUUGGGUAGAAAGCCCCUCAUGGUUAGCUACACAUAAGAGAUUCGAUGAGUGUGAAGAGGCAUUUAAGGCUCUUCACAUUUCUACUGAAGCAUCCGAAAGAGAAUUAAGAACGCUUAUAAAUUGUCAAAAAAACCAGAAUAUUAUCCCUAAAGGAUCUAAUCCCUUUAUACAACUGGUGAAAAAAUUUAUAGAGAUGUAUUGUGAAAGUGAGUCAGUACUUAUUAAAGCUUCAAUUGAAAAAAGUGUAAAACUUAAUUGUAAUGAGAAAAUAUCU